AUAGGCGGAUUUGUGGCGACAAUCAAAACCGUAAUGAGAUGGAGGUUCCAUGUUAAGGUAUGCUUCGCGUCUCGAGCGAAGGCUGGCAAGCCUGAACAUGGUCGUCAUCACAGCAUCCCUCCUCAGGCUCGUCGCGGGUUCCUCGUGUUGACUUCAUACGGUAUUGAUGAGAUUUCCUGUCGGCUACGAGGCGCGGGAGAACAGAGAAAACUAUCGUCGCUCUUAUUACCUCGUUAAUUG